AUGAAUUCAUAUCAAGCUUCCCUACACUUACUCAUUUUCCUUACAUUAAUAACAACAUCAAUUGCAAGUCCAAUUUACUCCAGAAUAGGGUGCAAUGAUACGUGUGGGAUUGUGAGGAUUCCAUACCCUUUUGGAAUUGGUGCGGAUUGUUCUGUCAACCCAUGGUACAUCGUUGAGUGCACCUCCUCGAAGCCAUAUCUAUCUGCACUCAACCACCUGGAACUCUUGGAUGUAAAUUUGGAAAAUCAAACAGUCACUGUUAAGACACCAACAAUCUCUUAUUGCCUAAACCCUUAUUGGGUUAGCAAUAAGAGGAUGAGCAUCGAUCUUGGUAGGAGCCCAUUCCUGUUUUCCAAAUCACACAAUAAAUUUGUGUUUGAGGGGUGUGGUAACGCGGUUAUGAUGGAUAAUGGGAGCGUGGUCACGGGGUGUUCAACUUACUGUCGCAAGGGCAGUUUUGAAGAAGAACACAAGUGUUACGGCAUUAAUUGUUGCGAAACAACAAUUCCUCAUUAUCUUAAGUCGUACGUCAUGAAUCUGACAGGUUUGCAUGGAACUGGAGAUUGCGGGUAUGGCUUCUUGGUGGAUGAGAAUUCAUAUCUUAGAGGAAGAUUUUCGGUUGCUGCUAAAAAGGCUUCUGUUCCCAUAUCUCUCACAUGGAUCCUUACAUCCAGUGACAUACAAGAUUGCUGUCAAGGAGCAGGUUCCCCUUUCAAUCUUGAACUGAAUAUGGGUGAUGGUACUUCCGUACACACACAGAAAUGUUUUCCUGGUUUGCGCUACGUAGGAAACCCUUAUUUGUCAUAUGGAUGUGAAGUAAGGGAAGAAUGUGCAAGGUGUCCUUAUAACUGUUACUAUGAUACAAUAUAUGAGGACGAUGGCUCAAGUAGAUUAACCAACUUCACUUGCACCCCAACUUACCCUAUGAGUUCUGAGAAUAAAUCAUCUAUUGCUAUUGGUAAUAUAUUAUCUCGAUCUCUUUCUUCAUGA